AUGGCUGCAACUGCAUCCCACCAAGCAUUUCGGACUCUUCAGUUUCAUGGAUGCUUCAAUAAUUAUGGCUUUCCUCAGGAGUGUGGGAAUGCUUCGGUGAGGUUGAUAUCCAAGGGAUUCAAGAUCAAUGUCGGACUUUUGAGAGGAGGAAGUUACUGCUCUAGAAAGAGGAGUUUUAGUGUAAUUCGAUCCUCGACUUCUCAGACUACUGUACUCAACCCAGUUUUAUCUCCAUCCAGUAAUAAUGAACCCAAAAAGAAAACAAAUGAAGCCGCUUUGAUUUUGAUUCGACAUGGGGAGUCUCUAUGGAAUGAAAAGAACUUGUUCACAGGUUGUGUCGAUGUACCAUUAACCAAGAAGGGUAUUGAAGAGGCUAUUGAAGCUGGUAAGAAGAUCAGCAACAUACCUGUCGACAUGAUCUACACAUCUGCGUUGAUUCGUGCACAGAUGACUGCUAUGCUUGCCAUGACACAGCACCGUCGCAAGAAGGUGCCAAUCAUUAUGCAUAAUGAGAGUGAACAGGCAAAGGCAUGGAGUCAAAUUUUCAGCGAAGAGACAAAAAAACAGUGUAUUCCGGUGGAAACAGCUUGGCAGCUGAAUGAAAGAAUGUAUGGGGAAUUACAGGGUCUUAACAAGCAGGAAACAGCGGAUAGAUAUGGAAAAGAACAAGUUCAUGAAUGGCGUCGUAGUUAUGACACACCUCCACCGAAUGGUGAGAGUUUGGAAAUGUGUGCUCAAAGAGCAGUUGCUUACUUUAAAGAACAAAUCGAGCCCCAACUUCUAUCUGGAAAGAAUGUAAUGAUUGCUGCCCAUGGGAAUUCAUUGAGGUCUAUCAUUAUGUACCUUGACAAACUAACUUCCCAAGAGGUAAUUAGCUUAGAACUAGCAACUGGGAUACCCAUGCUUUACAUAUUCAAAGAAGGGAGGUUUAUCAGGAGAGGAAGUCCUCCGGGACCAACCGAGGCGGGGGUUUAUGCUUAUACUAAGGUAUACCACUUUGCCAUUUGA